AUGAAAAACUCUCUUCGCUAUAUUUUGUUGAUCACUUGCAGCCUGUGUGGUAUACACUGCAGCUUCAUGGAUAGCUCAUUGUCUACAAAAAAUACUCCAGAAUGGAAAAAACUUAUUUUGACUCAUCAUUGGCCAGUUACAGUGUGCAAGAUGGCUGAACAAAAAUGUGAAGGGAUUCCAAACUACUGGACUUUACAUGGAUUGUGGACUGAUAAGUCACAAAUGUGCAAUAAAUCCUGGCCCUUUGAUUACUCUGAAAUAAAGGACAUUUUGGCAGAAUUGAACAAGUAUUGGCCUGAUGUUCUCCAUCCAAACUGUUCUCAACUCUGGAAACAUGAAUGGCAAAAACAUGGAACCUGUGCAGCAUCUUUACCAUGUCUGAACACUCAGCACAAGUACUUCAGCAAAGGUCUGGAACUAUAUACACGUAUCAGUCUUAGCAGUGCUCUUGAGAAGUCUGGAAUUAAACCUGCAAACACAUACAAGGUAGAAGAGAUUGAAAAUGUGAUUUUGAAUGUAUAUGGAGUGGUGCCAAAAAUUCAGUGUAUUCCUCCACAGCAGGGUGAAGAUGCUCAGACUCUGGGACAGAUUGAAAUAUGCUUUACAAAAGAUUUUGAUCUGCGAAACUGUACAGUGGAGCCAAAAGAUGAGCUUUUACUAACUAAACAGACAAGCAGGAAGUUGGGAGCAUCCUAUGUGGAGUUACAUGUUUGUGAUAAGUUGAUAGACAUAUAUUACCCACCUGUACAAUAA